AUGAGCGCCCUCGCGUGCCCCCACCUCGGGAUCGGCCUCUGGCUGUGGCUGGCUGUUGCUGUGGGACUCAGCCAGGGACGAGUUCUGGUGCUGCGCACUGGCGGCUGCCGCACUGCCGCCGGCCACGUGCCCGGGUCCCUGGUGGGGCCAAGUCACUCGAUGGCCUCGCCUCCCCUCCAGGGCUGUGUGGACUCUGAGAGCAGCCGCCUGAGGCUGGCCGUGCUGCCUGAAGACCGGUUGCAGAUGAAGUGGUGGGAGUCGGAGGGGAACAGCCUUGGCUACCUGGUGCAGGUGAAGCCCAUGGCAGGGGACGCGGAGCAGGACGUCAUGCUGACCACGAAGGCCCCCAAGGCCACGGUGGGGGGCCUGAGCCCCUCCAAGGGCUACACCCUACAGAUCUUCGUGCUCACCAGCUCUGGGACCACCCUACUGGCACAGAGGGAGUUUGUGAUUGAGGAGUUGAAGAGCCACUCUGUGAGCAGGAGCAGCCGGAGGCCAGCUGGGGCAGCCCUGGAGCCCACGCCCGCCCACGUGGGGAGCCCAGCCCCCGAGCCCCCAGUCGCCUUGUCCCCAAGCCAAGACCCACCCACUCCUGCCAGCCCCCAGUUCCGCUGCACACCCACCAUGCCUGUGGACAUGAUCUUCCUGGUGGAUGGGUCCUGGAGUAUCGGCCACAGCCACUUCCAGCAGGUCAAAGAUUUCCUGGCCAGUGUCAUCGAGCCCUUUGACAUCGGGCCUGAUAAAGUCCAAGUUGGCCUGACUCAGUACAGUGGAGACCCCCAGACUGAGUGGGAUCUCAAUACCUUCGGCACCAAGGAAGAUGUGCUGACAGCUGUCCGCAGCCUCCGCUACAAAGGGGGAAACACGUUCACAGGCCUGGCCCUGACACAUGUGCUGGAGCAGAACCUGAAGCCAGGAGUGGGGCCCCGUCCAGAGGCGGCCACGGUGGUCAUUCUAGUGACAGACGGCAAGUCCCAGGAUGAUGCCCCUGCCGCUGGCCGCGUCCUCAAGGACCUGGGUGUCGACAUCUUUGCUGUGGGCGUGAAGAACGCGGACGAGGCGGAGCUGCAGCUCCUGGCGUCCCAGCCGCUGGACCUCACCGUCCACAACGUGCAGGACUUCCCCCAGCUCGGCACCUUGGCCGGCCUGCUCAGCUGCCUCAUCUGCCAGAAGGUGCAGGGCAGGAGCAGGGCCCCAGGUGAGCGGCGGGUGGGGGAGGCCGGGCAGGGCCCCCCUUGUACGCCGACAGCGGACGCCCUCUUCACUCCCACCAGCUUGGUUGUGACCCAGGUGACCUCCUCCAGCAUCCACCUGUCCUGGACCCCAGGCCCCCAGCUGCCUCUCAAGUAUCGGAUCGUGUGGCAGCCUUCCAGGGGUGGCGCCCCCAGGGAGGCGGUGGUGGAGGGGCCCACCUCGUCCGUGGAGCUUCACAACCUGACAGCCGGCACGGAGUACUUGGUGUCUGUGUUCCCUGUCCUCAAGGCUGGGCUCGGGGAGGGCCUGCGGCACCUCGUGACCACAGCGCCUCUGCCUCCGCCCCAGGAGCUGACCCUGGGUGCAGUGACACCCAGGACCAUCCGCCUUGCCUGGCAGCCAUCGGCCGGGGCCACUCAGUACCUGGUGCGGUGCCUGUCAGCCUCCGCCAAGGGCCAAGAGGAGGGGAGAGAGGUGCGGGUGGAGCAGCCCGAGGUGCUUCUGGACGGCCUGGAGCCUGGCAGGGACUAUGACGUCUGGGUGCAGAGCCUGCGAGGGCCCGAGGCCAGCGAGGCACGUGGCAUCCGAGCCAGGACCUCCACCCUGACGCCCCCCCGACACCUUGGCUUCUCGGAUGUGAGUCACGACUCAGCCCGUGUUUUCUGGGAGGGCAUCUCAAAGCCUGUGCGUCUGUUCAGGAUCAGCUUCAUCUCCAGCGAGGGCAGCCACUCAGGGCAGGUGGAGGCUCCUGGCAGCGCCACCUCGGCCACCCUGAGCGCUCUGUCCUCCGCCACUGCAUACUCCGUCCGCGUCACCUGCCUCUACCCCGGGGGCAGCUCCUCCACGCUGACCGGCCGCCUGACCACACGGAAAGUCCCCAGCCCGAGCCAGCUCUUGGUGACAGAGCUCCCUGGGGACGAGGUCCAGCUGGAGUGGACGGCCGCGGCGGCAUCCGGCGUGCUCGUCUACCAGAUCAAGUGGAUGCCCCUGGGAGACAGGAAGGCCCGCGAGAUCUCUGUCCCAGGGACCCGGCGCAUGGCUGUCCUGCCUGGCCUGCGAAGCCGCCUGGAGUAUGAGAUCACCGUCCGGGCCUGCUACAGGGGUGGGGCCCGCAGCGACCCUGUGUCCCUCCGCUACAGCCCCUCACACCGGAGCCCCCCCUCCGACCUGGCCCUGGCGUCUGACUCACCCGGCAGCCUGCGCGUCAGCUGGACGCCCCCUAGUGGCCACGUCCUCCACUACCGGCUCACCUACGCGCUGGCCUCAGGCUUGGGACUCGAGAAGUCGAUUUCUGUUCCAGGACCCAGUAGCCACGUGACGCUCCCCAACCUGCUGGCAGCCAGCAAGUACAGGGUCCUGGUGUCCGCAGUGUACAGAGGAGGCGAGAGCGAGGCUGUGUCUGCCGUGGGCCACACAGCUGCCUGCCCCGCCCUCAGCCCAGACGGCUCCCUCCCAGGCUUUGACCUCAUGGCAGCCUUCGGUCUGGUGGAAAAGGAGUACGCGUCCAUCCGCGGUGUCGCCAUGGAGCCCUCGGCGCUCGGCCGCUCCAAGACCUUCACGCUCUUCAAGGACGCCCAGCUGACACGCCGGGCCAGUGACACCCAGCUGGCCGCCCUCCCGCCGGAGCACACCGUUGUCUUCCUCCUGCGCCUGCUGCCCGAGACGCCCCGCGAGCCCUUUGCGCUGUGGCAGAUGACGGCCGAGGACCUCCAGCCCGUCCUGGGGGUCCUGCUGGACGCCGGCAGGAAGUCUCUGACCUACUUCAACCACGACCCCAGGGCCACCUUGCAAGAGGUCACCUUUGACCAGCCUGAAGUGAGGAGGAUAUUCUUUGGAAGCUUCCACAAGGUGCACGUGGCCGUGGGCCGCUCCAAGGUCAGGCUCUACGUGGACUGCCGGAAGGUGGCCGAGAGGCCCGUGGGAGAGGCAGGCAGCCCACCUGUGGCCGGCUUCGUCAUGCUGGGGAGGUUGGCCAAGGCCCGCGGCCCCCGGAGCACCUCAGCCCCCUUCCAGCUCCAGACGCUGCAGAUUGUGUGCAGUGACUCCUGGGCAGAGGAGGACACAUGCUGUGAGCUCCCUGCCUCGAAGGCUGGAGACACCUGCCCUGCCUUCUCCUCCUCCUGCGCCUGCUCCUCACAGACCCCGGGGCCCCCGGGCCCCCAAGGACCUCCGGGCCUCCCCGGAAGGAAUGGGGUCCCAGGAGAGCAGGGCUUCCCAGGCCCCAGGGGUCCGCCAGGGGUCAAAGGAGAGAAGGGGGACCACGGACCCCCGGGCUUGCAGGGCCAUCCUGGUCACCAGGGCCCCCCUGGGAAGGUCGGCCUCCAGGGACCUAAGGGAAUGAGGGGUCUGGAGGGGAGUGCUGGCCUGCCUGGACCUCCGGGCCCGAGGGGCUUCCAGGGUACAGCGGGGGCCAGGGGCACCGGAGGGCAGCGAGGACCCCCGGGGGCUGUGGGGCUCACGGGGCUGCCAGGGCCCAAAGGGGAGCGAGGAGAGAAGGGGGAGCCCCAGUCCCUGGCCACCAUCUACCAGCUCGUGAGCCAGGCCUCUCACGUGCUGAAGUUCCACCAUGAGAGCGCCAGGCCCCCCAGGCCCAUCUUGCACCCCAGCACCCACGGUGAGGCCUGGCUCCCUGGAAGAGGAGGACAAGAUGGGCCCCACCCUGAGGACAGAGGCGAGCCCGGAGCCCUUGGUCCGAUGAGCAGCCCUCGGCCGGAAGGGAGCCGGGCUCCAGGACCCCGGGGAGGAACGGGACGGGCCCCGUGCUGCCCGGAAUGACCUGCCCCUUCCCUGGGCUCUGGGCACCGAGAGCGGCCGAGCAGGAGGCGCCUGGAAAGCAAGUCCCAGGAGGGACCUGGAGGCGGAAGGAGGGCUGGGGGCCUCCCCUCUGUGCUGUCCCAGCAGU